AUGCAGAGUUCACUCGAAUCAGAGAAUAAUCAAGAAAGAAAGAAUCUGCUAGUCUCUACAGGCUAUUCAGAUGAAGAUAUGGAAAUGCUGCUACAGAGAGAAAGAGAUAAUACUGCACACGAAAAUGAAGAAGAGCAAAGUGAUAGCCAGCCCCAUAUAGUAUUCAUAGAUAGACACUCUUCUAAGUAUGUCAACCAUAUUUCUAAUAGGAUCACAUAUCGUGUAUACACAAAUAGCUAUUAUGAUAACACAUCUAUAAAUGAAAAAGUGAAAAAGACAAUUGGUUGGAUGCGUAGAUUCAUUAUCGACUAUCCCAAAAAGCUUUUUUUAGGCACAGCGAGCUACUUCAGAAAUGGAAGAGAAAGAAGAAAUGAAAGAGCAGUAUUUAUCCUGCAGUCAGAUCACUUUGAUGAUAGUAGUCAAAACCUGCUUAUCAAAGAUGGCUUAUGCACAUCGAUAGAUGCCAUCUCAAGUGCAGAAAAUAGUGCUCAGCACACUACUAAUGAAAAUUCACUGCCAAACAUUUCACACUCUGACAGUGUGCUGGAUUCUAUCUUCAGAAGAAAAAUAAUGAACCAUCUCGAUUGGUUUGACCAGUACAAAAUAACGAAAAAAGAGUGCACAAAAGACUCCAGUACUGUCGUAGAGUUUGAUUUCUGUACAGAAAACAGAAAUACAUAUAAAGACUCUACAGGGAAAAAUGCUCUCAAAAGAGCCCAUGCUCCAUUUAGCGGUUCUCUAUGGAUGGAUAAGAAGGAUUUUAUUCAAUCGAUUGAACAAAUUGUGUAUCCAAAUGCCUUGACUGAAAAGGACUUAGUAGAUAUGGUAAUACUUCUAUCAACUGGUCUUUCAGUCAACUGUAUCACUUCUGGUGCAUUAUAUACGAAAUUUGAGCUAAUCAAAAAGCUCCGAGAAAUAAUGACUAUAGCUUAUGUUACUAUAGAGCAUAGCAGGUUUUUGCUUGAAAAGGAGCAGAAUUCAAAGAUGUGGGAGUCGGCUAGGUACAUAUAUAAAAAAUUUAAUAUUCUGAAAGAACAGCUGAACAAUCUAAAAAACAGCACAAGUAUUUCGGAUAGCAAGAAUUCUACAGCACUAGCAGAUCUUGAGUAUCUGGCAGAAAUGAACGAUGGCAUUUAUGAUUUUCUAGUAAGCAUCGCAAACUUAAGCCCUGCUGACAUAGAAAAAGUGCAUAAAACACUGAGAACCAUGCAAACGCACAUCCUACUAGAUAUGGAAGCAUGCGAUAGCACACCGGAUAAAUCUGAUAAUUCCAAAGUUUUUCUGCAUAUCCCAGAACUCUAUUCCAUAGGCUUUGAACCGCACAGCCUUAAUCAGCAUCUAAAAAAGAUCGAAGAGAUUCUAAAAAAUAGCACCCGUGCAAAAGUAAAGAAAUUAUAUGACAUUAUGGAAGACUUACUGAAUUAUUCAGCUACAGAUAAAAGUAAAGAAGACCGGUAUAAAUUGGCAAAAGAGCAAAUUUGCACUGGGUUAUUCUACACCAGGAAGAAGGUAAGUGAGAUGAUUGAACAAAUAGAAAAGCUGUUCUUCUUUUUGAACAUGUUCAUAUUCUUCCCUCAUUUUGGCAAUCCAUCCAACAAAAUAUCCGUCUACAGCUACAUAAGCAACAGUAAAAGAUACAGCAUUUUUUGCAGUUCUACAGGACCAAGUGAAAAUAAUCCAGCAAUGACUAAGUUUAGAAAUAAAAAGCCUGAUUCCUACACAACUCAGAUGCUGGGCUAUAUGUGUGUUGGAAAUAAGAAGUUCAUCAGAGAGCGGAUUCCACGCCUCUACAAACUCAGAGUAUGGAAUGCCUUUGGCCUGCACAUGGGCAUGUCUCUUACUUUUCUCAUCCAUCUCUUCUACUUCAUCGCCUCGUACUGCUUCAAUGACAUAAACAGUGCUAGGCCUCUUAUGGUAGAGUACUAUCUUCACAUAAUAUUCAACAUGGCAUUUAGCACAGUUAUAUCUGUCUAUGCCUUCAACGAACUUAAAAAAAGCAGAAAACAUCUGAAAGAGCACAGCGCUGUAUACAGGCUAAUGUCUAGUAUAUUCUCUCGGUACAAAUAUGUUGUUCAAUACUCAGGCUUGCUUUUUGCCUCUAUGGCAUCUGUAUGCGGACAUAUAGUAUUUCUGUAUUUUCUUUUUAGGCCUUUUUUACAGAGUUUAUCGCAUUCAUUCAGCUUAUUUUCAUCCUUCUCCAGCACAAAAGAUCCAUUUGCCAUGGGGUUUUUAUUCUUGUCGAGAACUCUGCUGAGUUUUUUGUUUAUUUCUACCUUAGUUCUUUUCUACUUCACGAUCUUGAAAAAGAAAAUGCUAUACGAUAGAAACAUUCUCUCAAAAAAAACAGGCUUUGUGUUUUUCUCAGCUCUUUUGCUAUACAUUUCCAUACUAGCAUAUUCCACGAUAAGAAAUACUCCACAUGACCACAGUGAAUACUACAUACUGGUAUACAACUACCACGUUGGAACUGUUUUCUACAUCGCUGGGUUUAUGGCGCUGAUGUGCUACCAUGCCUCUACUUCUCUAGAAAAGUCUGAAAAGCUCAAGAACAUCACAAAUGCAAAAGCAGUGAGGUGCUACACUUUCCUAUACAUCUUUUUCAUAGCUUUAGUCAUGUGUCUAUCUGGUGCAGUGAGUGUGUUGUAUCUUUAUAGCAGAGUUAUAUCCGAAUACUUCAUUCUGAAUAAGCUAAGUGUGAACAGAGUGUAUGAGCUUGGAUAUAUACUCCCCGAUCUCUAG